AUGGUUUCAAUUCCCAGCACCAACAUGGGAGUUCACAACUGUCUGUAGGCCUCUUGCAAAGUAUACAACAUCCUCACACAAACUUAGAUCAAAACAAAACACCUAUGAAUAUAAAGUAAAAGUAAAUUAUUUUUAAAAGAAUAUAUGAAUUUAUAGAACUUUCCCUAACAUAACCUGUACUCAUCACUACACAAUUAAAUCUUUUGUUGUCUUCAUUCACAUUAAGAGAACUGUGUUUACAGUUACAAUAAGAAGUCAGAGUCUAUUCACAGAAGGAUAGAAAGCAUUCAAUUCUUCAGUGAUCAUAUAGGAAAUUCCAUCACCUCCCAGUGAUAAAAGACAGACACAAUAAUGGCACAACUUCAUCAUCUACAAUAUAAUAACAUGGCAUGUUGAGAAUUUGACUCAGUUGUAAAGCUGCUGUUGGGUACCCAAGUUGGUUCCUAUCACCCACAUCAGAUGGCUCAGAACUGAUAUAAAGCCUUGUCAUGGAGAUAAGAUGCAUUCUUCUGGCUUCCUAGGGCACCAGGAUACAAUGACCUAUGAGGAUGUGCAAGUGAACUUCACCCAUGAAGAAUGGGCUUUGCUGGAUCCUUCCCAGAAGAGUCUCUACAGAGAUGUGAUGCUGGAAACCUGUGAUAAUCUCACUGCUAUAGGCUACAAAUGGGAGGACCCGAAUAUUGGAGAACAUUGUCAAGGUUCUAGAAGACAUGGAAGGUAUAUCAUCUGUUAGUCUGGAUAUAAGCCAUGUGAUAACAAUGGAUCUGCAAAAAAGAUAA